CUCUUCUCGUUAUCGCGCUCAACUUUCUCCGCAUUCAACCGCAGGCGAUUUUCGAUACUCGGUUGUUCUUGGAGGAAGCAGCUUUCGUUUGAGUAUAUCUCUAUCAUGGCGAAUAUAGACCCCGAGAUCGCCAAAACUCAAGAAGAGAGACGGAAGUUAGAAGCAGAACGCGAGGGAGUUUCCCUCACGUUUGUGACUCUCGAUCGUGAUCUCUACGGAGGCAACGAACGUGAUUCCUACUCGACUUCCAUCGCACCAAACGACGAGGAGGAUCCCAAUCUCGACACCCACGGGUCGCUUGUGGCUCAGCGUCUCGCCUCCUUCACCGCUCCCAAGUCUAUCCUCAACGAGGUGGCUCGUCUUCACAGCGAAGAUGAUGAUGACGACGGUGGAUUCAAGCCGAGACAGACUAUCGCGGAGCGCGAGGGUGAGUACCGGAACAGGAGACUUAAUCGGGUUCUCUCUCCGGAUAGAGUUGAUCCGUUUGCUAUGGGAGAGAAGACGCCUGAUCCGAGUGUUAGAACUUAUAAUGAUCAUAUGAGGGAGACGGCUGUGCAGAGGGAGAGGGAGGAAACCUUGAGGCUUAUUGCUAAGAAGAAGAAGCUUGCGGAAGAAGCUGCCAAGAAACAGAAAGAUUCUGCUCAUUCCAAGAAGAGGAACAGGUGGGAGCAAGACGGUGGUGCUGAAACCUCUUCAAAGAAAGCUAAAGCAUCAGAUUCUGUUUGGGAUGCAACUCCAGGGAGAGUUUCUGUUGGAAGAAGGAACAGAUGGGAUGAGCCCACACCUGGUCGUGUGACUGAUUCCGAUGCAACUCCUUCAGGUGUUACUUGGGACUCGACUCCCAAAGGUUAUGCAACUCCAACCCCGAAGCGUCAGCGUUCUAGGUGGGACGAGACACCAGCCACUAUGGGGAGUGCUACUUACACCCCUGGUUUCACUCCAUUUCAGAUUAAUCUGCUUGGUGCUAUGACACCGGAUCAGUACAAUCAGGCGAGGUGGGAGAAGGAAAUUGAAGAGAGAAACAAGCCAAUGAGUGAUGAAGAGCUUGACGCCAUGUUUCCUAAAGGAUACAAGGUUUUGAACCAGCCUGCUUCUUAUGUUCCCAUUCGAUCCCCUGCUAGGAAGGUUAUAGGAACCCCGACACCCAUGACAACUCCUGGCUACAUUAUUCCCGAGGAAAACCGCGGGCAGCAGUACGAUGUUCCCCCGGAACUUCCCGGUGGGCUGCCGUUUAUGAAACCAGAGGAUUAUCAGUAUUUCGGAGCGCUCUUGAAUGAAGAGAAGGAAGAAGAACUGUCUCCUGAUGAGCAGAAAGAACGCAAGAUAAUGGCACUGUUGCUGAAGGUGAAAAACGGAACGCCUGCACAGAGGAAAACAGCUUUGAGGCAGCUUACUGAUAAGGCCCGUGAGUUUGGCGCUGGUCCUUUGUUUAAUAAAAUCUUGCCCUUGCUCAUGCAACCCACUUUGGAAGAUCAAGAGAGGCAUCUUUUGGUGAAAGUGAUUGAUAGGAUUCUGUACAAACUUGAUGAGCUUGUACGGCCCUACGUCCACAAGAUUCUCGUUGUUAUUGAGCCUUUGUUGAUCGAUGACGAUUAUUAUGCCCGUGCAGAAGGGAGAGAAAUUAUCUCUAACCUUAGCAAAGCAGCUGGUUUAGCCACCAUGAUUGCAGCUAUGCGUCCGGAUAUUGAUAACGCUGAUGAAUACGUGAGGAACACAACAGCGAGAGCUUUCGCUGUGGUCGCUUCGGCGCUUGGAAUCCCUGCACUAUUGCCGUUCCUGAAAGCUGUUUGCCAGAGUAAGAAGUCAUGGCAGGCACGACACACUGGAAUCAAGAUUGUGCAGCAGAUUGCCAUACUAAUUGGCUGUGCCGUUUUGCCUCACUUGAAUUCUCUAGUAGAACUUAUCGAACACGGUCUCAGUGAUGAAAACCUGAAGGUUAGGACUAUUACGUCCUUGUCACUGGCUGCUCUCGCCGAGGCUUCUGCUCCUUAUGGUAUUGAGAGCUUCGACUCUGUUCUUAUACCUCUGUGGAAAGGUAUUAGGUCUCACCGUGGCAAAGUCUUGGCUGCGUUCUUGAAGGCGAUUGGUUUUAUCAUCCCUUUGAUGGAUGCUGGGUAUGCGAGAUACUUUACAAAAGAAGUGAUGGUGAUCUUGAUUAGGGAGUUCCAGUCGCCUGAUGAAGAGAUGAGGAAUAUUGUACUCAAGGUGGUGAAACAGUGUGCAAGUACCGAAGGUGUUGAAGCGGAUUACAUCCGCAGCGAUGUUCUGCCUGAGUUUUUCAAACAUUUGUGGGUUAAGAGAAUGGCUCUGGAUAAAAGAAACUAUAAGUCGCUUGUUGAAACUACUGUUGAGAUUGCGAACAAGGUUGGUGUUGCGGAUAUCGUGGAAAGAUUGGUUAACGGACUUAAAGAUGAGAGUGAAUUGUACCGGCGUAUGGUUAUGGAAGCCAUUGACAAGGUUGUCACAAACUUGGGAGCAUCGGAUAUUGUUGCGAGAUCGGAGGAGCUGCUCAUAGAUGGCAUUCUUUAUGCUUUCCAAGAACAGACAAACGACGAUGCUAAUGUGAUGCUUAAUGGGUUCGGUGCUGUAGUGAAUGGACUUGGUCAGCGAGUAAAGCCUUACCUUCCUCAGAUCUGUGGCACCAUCAAGUGGAGGUUAACCUACAAGAGUGCAAACGUAAGACAGCAAGCCGCUGAUCUCAUCUCUAGAAUCGCUGUUGUUAUGAAGCAGUGCGGAGAGGAACAGUUGAUGGGACAUCUCGGUGUUGUCCUGUACGAGUAUCUUGGAGAAGAGUACCCUGAAGUCUUGGGAUCAGUUCUUGGAGCUUCAAAAGCUAUCGUCAACGUGAUUGGUAUGACAAAGAUGACGCCUCCCAUUAAGGAUCUGCUUCCAAGACUGACUCCGAUUUUGAAGAACCGACACGAGAAAGUGCAAGAGAAUUGUAUCGAUCUUGUUGGUAGGAUUGCUGAUCGUGGUGCUGAGUUUGUUCCAGCAAGAGAAUGGAUGAGAAUCUGUUUCGAGCUUCUUGAAAUGCUCAAAGCUCAUAAGAAAGGUAUUCGCCGUGCAACUGUCAACACUUUCGGGUACAUCGCCAAAGCCAUUGGACCACAAGACGUGCUAGCCACGUUACUGAACAAUCUCAGAGUCCAAGAACGCCAGAACCGUGUUUGCACCACAGUCGCAAUCGCCAUAGUCGCUGAAACAUGCUCUCCGUUUACCGUCUUACCCGCUUUGGUGAACGAGUACCGAGUCCCAGAGCUCAACGUCCAAAACGGUGUCCUGAAAUCCCUCUCUUUCCUCUUCGAGUACAUUGGAGAAAUGGGGAAGGAUUACAUAUACGCAGUCACGCCGUUGCUCGAAGACGCGCUCAUGGACAGAGAUUUGGUUCACAGACAAACCGCGGCUUCAGCUGUUAAACACAUGGCUCUAGGUGUAGCUGGGUUGGGUUGUGAAGACGCUUUGGUUCACUUGCUUAACUUGAUCUGGCCCAACAUUUUCGAGACAUCUCCUCACGUCAUCAACGCUGUGAUGGAAGCCAUUGAAGGAAUGAGGGUUGCGUUAGGUGGAGCAGUUAUACUGAACUAUUGUCUGCAGGGUUUGUUUCACCCGGCUCGCAAAGUCCGUGAAGUGUACUGGAAGAUAUACAAUUCGCUUUACAUUGGUGCUCAGGACACGCUUGUUGCUUCUUACCCGGUCUUUGAGAAUGAGCAGACCAAUAUUUAUAGCCGACCCGAGCUAACUAUGUCCCUCUGAAGGAAAAGAUAAGACGUUCUCCUUACACCUCAAGUCUCCUUUUUUUUUUUUUAGUAGUCAAUAGGCUUUGUUGCAAAUCCCUUUAUUGACUUUUAAAUUCAUUUCGUUGUAAUGCAGGCAAUAACGUUGCAGCUUCGAUGGUUCCCUAUUAUUUGUCCAA